UCUAGAUAUAACCAUGCCUAGAAAGAAGGGACCCAAACGGGCUGCACCGACUGAAGAAGAACGGUUGCUUAUGAUGCAACAAAAGCUGCUGGCUGAGGAGGAAAUGAAUAAGAAGAAGGAGGACAUGCUGGUCCAAUUUCUAAAGGACAAGUUGGCCAAAGAGGAGCGCAACAGCGUCGUGAACAUGCAUAAGAUCAACUUGCAAUGGCGCACCGUUCUCCGCGAAGUCAAGGCCAGGGAGCUGUGCAAAGACAUUGAAAUUCUCAGUCAGACAUUUGAACGUGUUGUAGAUUGCAAAGACAGUGUCAUUAAGUCCCUUGCUAAGGACCUAGCUGAAGCAGAAGCUCAAUACACCCAUGCCCUACGCAGCCACUUGCACAAUAUAGAUCAACUCUUGAAACUCCAGAACUGCCGUCUGGGCUACUUAGAGGAGGAUUACCAGACAGAGCUGCAGGCACUGCAGAAGGAGUUUGAUGCAGAGAGGAUGUUAAUCAUCGACCAUCAUGAUGAGGAGAGCUGCUACCUCCAGGAUGUAUUGUUAGCUAUGGAGCAAAACUUUGCUGAAAGUGAAUAUGAAGCCAGACUUGACUUCCAAAGUACACGGGAUGAUGUCAAGAAUAAGAACCUGGAGGAGAAACAUUACCUGCGCAUGCAGUUAGAGGGAAAAGUGGAAGAGCUGUGGAAGCGCUUUCAGCAGGCUCUGCGUACCUACACAGAUGCAACAGAGGAUCGUAAAUUUGCUUUUGAAGGACUGAAGCUCAGGGAUGAGAAGAGCACCAGGGAAAUAGAAAUGCAGAUGAAGAAAUUGCAGAAGAUGCAGGAUCUCAUUAUCAGUCUGAAGAACAAGAUCGCACUCCAUGCUAGGGAGAGCGAGGAGCAAAAUCGGCAUGUCCGUGAUGAGAAGGAAGUGGUGUUGAAACAGCUGCAGAAGCUAAAGAGCCAGAUGAACCGGGCAAGAGCUAAAGCCCGUAGCAAUCUGGCUAAGCUGACGAAGGAAAGCAGCGCGACUCUCAAGGCCUUGGAACGGGUGGUGGAAAAGGCAGAGCUGAUUCUGCGCCUGGCUGAAAUGUGCCGUAGGCUGGAGUCUGAGGAGGAGAAAGUGCUACCAUUUUACACGAGCUCCCUGAACUGGGAAGAACAGAAAACUGUAGAUAAGGUGGCUUUGGAGAAACCGGUUCAACCACUUGCUCAGAUGAUGCAGGACUAUGUCGGUCUGGAGCGCUUCUGGCAAAGAUACAACAAGGUGAGGUUGGAACAGCUCUCGCUAGAGCAGACUAAAGAGGUACUGAUGCAUGACAACCUUAAGCUGAGGCACCUGCUCAAGCAGUACUUGGAUGGCAUCUCAGUGAACGAUGAAGUUCUGAGCCAGAUCAAUCCUCUGAUGAUAAUUAACCAGCCUGUAGCUGUCGCAAGUGGGUCCCAGCCAGCGCCUGCCAGAGAGUCCCAAGGCAAACGGCCCAUCUAUAAUAUCAUAGAGGCAGCACACGAAGCUUCCCAUAUCCUCUGAGUCAGCACCUGGUGAUUUCAGGGGGUUCUCUUCCAUUGUGUUAACAGCUGCCGGGCACAAAGAAGAGCCAACCCAUUCCAGUUACAGUCCAUGCUGGAUUCCAUUUAGAAACAUU